AUGUCGUUCACAAUAACAUUACGCCAGGGCCCAGCCCGCCUGGCGACCCGCCUCCCCCAGCUGUCACAAACGGUGGCAAAGACCUCCUCUCCCAGCUCCUCCAUGGCCGCCCGCGCCUUCCAUCGCUCCAGCAGGCAACAAAAUGCCUUCUUCACAAGCAAGAGCGGCCUGCUGACAUCCUCGCUCGCGCGGUCCACACCCAAGGCCUCCCUCACGGCCCGCCUCAUCGCCGCCGGCAGCAAGCGCGGCUACCAGACCCAGGCGCCCCCAGCAGCAGACAAUGCCUCGACCAUGCGGAAACUACUCGUCGGCGGUGCCAUCUUUGGCGGCACUCUCGUCGCCAUCAACGCCGUGUUCAACCGGGAGACGCGCGAGGACGGCGGCAUGCCUCCAUUCGAGCGGUCCUACCUCAACAACACCUUCCUGCACACCGGGCUGGGCGUCGGCAUCAUCGGACUUACGGCGCGGCAGAUGGUGCAGAGCGGCUUCGUCUACAGGAUAAUGGUGACGAACCCCUGGGUCGUUGCGAUUGGCGGCAUGGCGUUGAGCUUCGGUACCAUGAUUGGAACUCGGGCCAUUGAGCCUGACAACUAUAUUCCCAAGUACGCUCUCUGGACCGCCUUCAACGCAACUCAAGCCGCGUUCGUCGCUCCCCUCCUCGCCUUCGCGCCCGGCGCCCUCAUCGCCCGCGCCGGCCUGUACACCGUGGCCAUGAUGGGCUCCAUCUCCUUCGUCGGCGCAACCGCCAAGCAGGAGAAGUACCUCUACAUCGGCGGUCCCCUCCUGGCUGGCGCCGGCCUCGUCCUCGCCUCAGGCCUCGCGCCCCUCAUCAUCCCCGCGACCGCUGUCCGAACUCUGGCUUUUACCGAGAACAUCUGGCUGUACGGAGGACUGGCAGUGUUUGGCGGCUUCACUCUCUACGAUGUUCAGAAGGUGCUCCACCACGCAAGGCUUGCCGAGCGGGGCAUAAUCAAGCGAGACCCUGUCAACGAGAGUAUCUCGCUAGAGCUGGACUUCCUCAACAUUUUCAUUCGGAUGGUUCAGAUCCUGAUGAUGCAGCAGAACCGGAGGAAGUAA